AUGACAGCAGUAAGGACUGCGGGCUGUAGAAGGCAGGGCAAUCCAAUUGCAGCUUCCAUCAGUAUCUAUAUCCUAUCAGUAAUUGCUGCAACAGAAUGUCUACAUGGUUCUAUUGGAUGGAACUGUAAUCAGACUUGUCCGUCAGGAUUUUACGGACGGCUGUGUCAAUCUCCCUGUAAGUGCAAAGCCCAUGACUGUCAUUAUGUUACAGGAUGCACUAGAGGUAGCACUACAGAUAAUUGGUCUGAGAACACAACGGAUAAAAGGCAUCGAAAGUCUACUUCUUUGGAUUGGUUGGAUAAAACUAAAGACUGGCAAACUAGGAAUACAUCCAGUCUUAAACCAUCAAAUGUUUUUGAAUGGUCAAAUAAAACGACAGAUAUGCAAACCAUAAUAACUUCCAGUAUGUACCCAGCAGGACGUCAUGACCAAUAUGAAAUUGUUAAUCAGCAUGAUGCCACCUGGUUAGCUGUAAGCUGUUCACUGAUUGGAUCUUUAACAACACUCGUUCUGAUUGGAUGUUUUCUGUACUUCCGUUCUCGUCGGAAACUUAAGAAGAAUGCUCCAAAGGGAAUCCAGAGGAUUUUAUUUUCCCGUUUAGAGCCAGACAGAAACUUACAGCAUCAUCCCCAGGAAGGACACCUUGAACUUUCCACGCUCAUCCCAACACAACAAUGUCAAGGUGACGAUCCUUAUACAGAAAUACGUUAUUCCCAAAUCGGCAGUUUCUGUGCAGAAGCAGGCGUGGAUAUAAACGACAAAGGCAAUAAGAUAUCAACAGAACCUCGACGUAUUACGAGAAGCACAAAUUUGUAUGAAAAAUGUUCAUUUGAAACUGAAUAUGACCAUGUGAAUCUAAAAAUGAAUUCAAGCUCUCCUGGGUCGUUACAUAAGGAGGGAGGAAUAGUAUCUACUGACGUUCAGGAAAAUGUUGUUCUCCCUGAUAAAGGUCGGUCACAAAAAGAAUUUCCAAAUCAUGAUGGAAGUUGCAAGUCUUUGACAUUACCUCCCAAUUUGAAGAGGGUGACUAAAAACAAUAAAUUAAAGUCACACUCAUACAGUCUAUGGCAUGUUGUUUCGGAAAACGAGUUAGAGGAUGAUCAAGACAAAACUGACAAAGAAGAGAAUUGUGUAGUAAAAUUCCUUCCUGAAAAUCUGGUGAAUGCAUCUUAUUCCAAAGUUAAGGAGGAAGCUCGGCCUUACAGUUUUGUUCAUUCGUUGAUAAAUGAUGAAUUGAAUACGAAAGAAGUGAGAACAAGUACUGCAGUAUUUAAUAUCAUUACACCGGAAGUAAAGGAAGGCUUAGAAGAAGAGGACCCGGGACGUUUGAUUAACAGACCAUACAGUUGUGUUAAAAAAUCAUGAGGAACAAGUCAUCCAUAACUCAAAGAAAACGAAUACUACUGCUUAUUUUCAUAAAGAAGAUAAUUAAUAUUACAUA